UACGGGAGCCGCGGUGGGCCCAGAAGGCCUGCAGUUGGGGCCUCCGGGGAGGGAGGGAAUGAAUGGGCGCUGAGGCCGAGGCGCGCGGGUUCUGAGCACAGGCCUGACGCGGUGAGCGGCCCAGCAUGGAGGACGACGCUCCGGUCAUCUAUGGGCUGGAGUUCCAGGCACGUGCCCUCACACCUCAGACUGCAGAAACAGAUGCCAUUCGGUUUUUGGUCGGGACGCAGUCUCUCAAAUAUGAUAAUCAGAUCCACAUCGUAGACUUCGAUGACGAGAACAACAUUAUAAGUAAAAACGUUCUCCUCCAUCAAGUGGGUGAGAUCUGGCACAUUAGCACCAGUCCUGCCGACAAGGGUGUGCUGGCCACGUGCUACAACAAACCUUCAGACAGCAAAGUCCUGACGUGUGCGGCCGUGUGGAGGAUGCCGAAGGAGCUGGAGCCCGGCGGCCACGAGUCCCCCGACGAUUCCACAAGCCCUGCGCACACGCUGGAGCUGCUCUGUCACCUCGACAACACGGCUCACGGCAGCAUGGCCUGUGUCACGUGGGAGCCCACGGGGGACGGGAAGAAGGUCAUCUCGCUUGCGGACAGCCACAUCCUGCUGUGGGACCUGCAGGAAAGCUCCAGCCAGGCCGUGCUGGCCAGCUCGGCGUCCCUGGAAGGGAAGGGACAGCUGAAGUUCACCUCCGGACGGUGGAGCCCUCACCACACCGGCACCCAGGUGGCCACCGCCAACGACACGACCAUCCGAGGGUGGGACACGCGGAGCAUGAGCCAGAUAUACUGCAUUGAGAACGCCCACGGGCAGCUGGUGCGCGACCUGGACUUCAACCCCAACAAGCAGUACUACCUCGCCAGCUGCGGGGACGACUGCAAGGUGAAGUUCUGGGACACCCGGAACGUCGCUGAGCCCGUGAAGACCCUGGAGCAGCACUCCCACUGGAAAGAAGAAAAACAUCGCCCCUAUGUUCUCCUGCAGUUGUGCCAGUACGUGUGUGCAAACAGUGAGCACAGAGGUUCGUGCAGCAUCGUUGGCCACGCUGCGGAGUGGGAAACCGCUCUCAUGCCCAUCGGCAGGGCGCGGGCUCGCUCGGUCUGUGGGGAUGGUGCUGUGGGUGGGGAGGACACGAGCUCAGUGUGGGGGGCAGACGCUGCCCAAGAGCAGUUGUCACUCCUGACACGUCACGUGCUGUUUACCGCAUGCUGGGUACUUGCGCUAACGCAGGUGAGAGUCCAGUCCGGGCCGGUGUGCCUGGUGUAAGCUAGCUUUCAUCCCAGUGAGGCACGCGUGUGUUUGUGUAAGUGCAUGCUUCUGUGUGUGAUUGUCUGUGUGUAAGUGAGCUCAUGAGGGUGUGUGCGGUCUUGUGUGCGUGUUAUUUGUGUAAGUGUGCGCUUGUGUGUGUGAUUGCCCAUGUGCACGUGAGCUCGUGAGGGUGUGUGGGGCUUGUGUGUGUGUAUAUGGAAGAAACAUCUAGAAGAGUAAGAACAAAACUGCUGUCAGGAGAUUUUGCUCAGGCCAGGGUGGGCACAUCCCAGGAAAGUUGACUUUUUCUGGUCUGUGUCCCUAAAUUCUUUGAAUUACUUACCAGAAUCCAUGUUUCUGCACUCAGGACAUUAAUUUUUUUUUUCCUUUUUUGAGAAAUUUAAGUUCAGUGAAUUAACAUAUGACAUAUUAUUGGUUUCAGAGGUAGAGGUUGUGGUCAGGACAUUCAGAAACCUGGCAUGCUGCAUAGAGUACAGUUUUGCCAGGUUCUGUAAGUUGCUGUGGUGGGCACAGUCCGAGGAGAGACGCCAUCCUCCGCGACCCCGCGCGCUGGCUGCCGGCACUCUGCUCGGCUCACUGAGCUCGCUGCGGGGCUGUGCCCCCGGGCCCCAUGGCUGCCGCUCGUGGGUGUUGCCCUGGGGUUUGGCCCCGUUGCCAGGUCAUCUGUACUCUGUCCUUUGCUCCUGGGGCAGUUGUGGCCGUUAGGAUUUGGGAAGGCGGGCGGCAGAGGAGGGUGGCCGCGAGCCCUCCUCUCGCUCUGAGGUUCGCGCUUCCAUCUGGUCUCAUCUCUCUUUGCCGGGACCGAAGAGAAGGUUGUAGACAAACAUGCAGGAAGUCCGGCCCUCUGCUGGGAGCUUCCCGCGUCCGCCCGUGCGGUCUGGGGUCCACUGCCCGCGGUCCCGGCGCUGCCCCGUCCAGGAGGGGCCGAGUGGA